AUGGGGCUCACCACCCAGAUCUCACUUCCAUCUAGCUCAGUGCCAUGGGGUGCUCCUGUCCCCAUUCUGGGACUGUGGGAUGCCCCAGGGCCUGUCCCCCCCUUUCUGGGCCUCACCCACAUUCUCAUCCUGCAGGUGGAGGAUGCACUUUCCUACCUGGAUCAGGUGAAGAUUCGCUUUGGCAGUGACCCCGCCACCUACAACGGCUUCCUGGAGAUCAUGAAAGAGUUCAAGAGCCAGAGCAUUGACACACCUGGAGUCAUCCGACGUGUUUCACAGCUUUUCCAUGAGCAUCCUGAUCUCAUUGUAGGAUUCAAUGCUUUCCUCCCUCUGGGCUACAGGAUAGAAAUUCCAAAGAAUGGGAAGUUAAGUAUACAGUCACCUUUGAACAGUCAGGUGCCCUCAGAGCCUGUCCCCAGCGCUCUCCCUGGCAGCGGGCUGCUCUUGCAUUACUCCCAGGAGAAUUCGCACAAUCACAGUGACUGUUCCGAGGAGUUUAGGCAACAGCUUCCAUACAAAGAAGAUAAAUCCCAAAUUCCUUUGGAGUCUGAUUCUGUCGAGUUCAAUAAUGCUAUCAGUUACGUGAAUAAGAUCAAAACACGUUUUCUUGACCAUCCAGAAAUUUACAGAUCCUUUUUAGAAAUUCUUCAUACUUACCAGAAAGAGCAGCUGAACACUAAAGGCCGACCCUUCCGAGGCAUGUCAGAGGAAGAAGUGUUCACUGAAGUAGCCAAUCUGUUCCGGGGACAGGAGGAUCUGCUUUCUGAGUUUGGACAGUUCCUCCCAGAGGCUAAAAGGUCUUUGUUCACAGGAAAUGGACCAUGUGAAGUGAACAGUGUCCAGAAAACUGAGCAUGAGAAGAAUCUGGAACACAGCAAAAAACGAUCCAGGCCGCUGCUGCUGCGUCCUGUUUCUGGCCCAGCAAAGAAGAAAAUGAAACUGCGAGGUACCAAAGAUCUGUCAGUAGCGACAGUGGGAAAAUACGGAACACUGCAAGAGUUCUCCUUCUUUGACAAGGUGCGUAGGGUGCUAAAGAGUCAGGAAGUCUACGAAAAUUUUCUCCGCUGCAUUGCGCUCUUCAACCAGGAGCUGGUCUCUGGCUCAGAGUUGCUCCAGCUAGUUACACCAUUUUUAGGGAAAUUCCCAGAACUCUUUGCACAGUUCAAGUCCUUUCUUGGAGUGAAAGAGCUUUCGUUUGCUUCUCCACUGAGCGACCGAUCUGGGGAUGGAAUGAGUCGGGAAAUUGAUUAUGCUUCCUGCAAACGCAUAGGAUCAAGUUACCGGGCUCUCCCAAAAACCUAUCAGCAGCCAAAGUGCAGUGGAAGAACAGCUAUUUGCAAGGAGGUGUUAAAUGAUACCUGGGUUUCAUUUCCAUCCUGGUCUGAAGACUCCACUUUUGUCAGCUCCAAGAAGACUCCUUAUGAGGAGCAGUUGCACCGCUGUGAAGAUGAGCGGUUUGAGUUGGAUGUUGUCUUGGAGACCAAUUUAGCUACAAUACGUGUGCUGGAGAGCGUGCAGAAAAAACUAUCUCGACUGACUCAAGAGGAUCAGGAGAAGUUUCGACUGGAUGAUUGCUUAGGAGGAACAUCAGAAGUGAUCCAGCGCAGGGCCAUCUAUCGCAUCUAUGGUGAUAAAGCACCAGAGAUCAUUGAAAGUCUUAAGAAAAACCCAGUAACUGCAGUUCCUGUUGUUCUGAAGAGAUUGAAAGCAAAAGAGGAGGAAUGGCGAGAGGCCCAGCAGGGCUUCAACAAAAUCUGGCGGGAGCAGUAUGAGAAAGCCUACUUGAAGUCCCUUGACCAUCAGGCCGUCAACUUCAAACAAAAUGAUACCAAAGCUUUGCGAUCCAAGAGCUUGCUGAAUGAAAUUGAGAGUGUCUAUGAUGAGCAUCAGGAGCAGCAUUCAGAGGGGAGAAGUUCAUCCACAAACGAGCCUCAUCUUAUCUUUAUCUAUGAAGAUAAGCAGAUUUUGGAAGAUGCAGCGUCUCUUAUCAGCUAUUAUGUAAAAAGGCAGCCGACUAUCCAAAAGGAGGAUCAAGCAACCAUUCGGCAGAUAGUGCAUCACUUCAUACCUGAGCUGUUUUUCUCUCAGCCCCCUGAGCACAGUAUUUCUGAAGAAUCGACAGAUGAGGACAGAGAAAACCAUCAGGGGCAGAACCUGGAUACUCCUGAACUACGGAAAAAAAAUGUGCCUGGGCCACCGAGCAGUCCUUUGGAGGCAAAAGCAGCCUUCUGUGAUGUUACAGCUGCUGAGCCCCACAACACCCUGGAUGAUGUUUACAGUCUAUUCUUUGUCAAUAAUAAUUGGUAUUUCUUCCUCCGCCUUCACCAGACUCUGUGCUCAAGGCUCCUAAAGAUUUAUCGCCAAGCUCAGAAGCAGCUUCUAGAAUAUCGGACUGAAAAAGAGAGAGAGAAACUCCUGUGUGAGGGAAGAAAAGAAAAAACCAAUGAUCCAGCCAUGGAACUAAGACUGAAGCAACCAAGUGAGGUGGAACUGGAGGAGUACUACCCUGCGUUCUUGGAUAUGGUGAGGAGCCUGCUGGAUGGAAAUAUUGACCCAACGCAGUACGAGGACACCCUGAGGGAGAUGUUCACUAUCCACGCCUAUAUUGGCUUUACUAUGGACAAGCUGGUGCAGAACAUUGUCCGCCAGCUUCACCAUCUAGUGAGCGACGACAUCUGCUUGAAGGUUGUUGAGCUCUACUUGAAUGAAAGGAAGCGAGGUGCUGCUGGAGGUAACUUGUCCUCUAGGUGUGUCCGGGCAGCGAAGGAGACCAGCUAUCAGUGGAAGGCUGAACGUUGCAUGGCAGAUGAAAACUGUUUCAAGGUGAUGUUUCUUCAGCGGAAAGGACAAGUGAUCAUGACCAUUGAGCUUCUUGAUACGGAAGAAACCCAGACAGAAGAUCCUGUGGAGGUCCAGCACCUGGCUAACUACAUGGAGCAGUAUGUUGGGGUAGAAGGAGCUCCAAACAACCAGAACGAUGGCUUCUUACUGAAACCGGUCUUCCUGCAAAGAAACCUAAAAAAGUUUCGCAAGUGGCAAUGUAAGCAAGUGAGGGCUCUGCGUAGUGAAGUGAAGAGCUCCUGGAAGAGGCUGAUUGGGGUGGAAAGUGCCUGCAACGUGGACUGCCGCUUCAAGCUCAACACCCACAAGAUGAUGUUCAUCAUGAACUCGGAGGAUUACAUGUACAGGCGGGGAGCUCUCUGCCGGGCCAAGCAGGUACAGCCAAUGGUGCUGCUAAAGCAUCACCAGCAGUUUGAAGAGUGGCACAGUAGGUGGCUAGAAGAGAAUGUGACCAUGGAGGCAGUUGACGUAGUUCAAGACUGGCUCAUGGGAGAUGAAGACGAGGAGAUGGUGCCCUGUAAAACAACGUGUGAGACGGUGAACGUCCACGGGGUCCCAGUGAACAGAUACAGAGUUCAGUACAGUCGCCGUCCAGCUUCACCGUGAGCAGAGACUUGUUUCUGGGACCAAUACAAGUGGGAGCGUUGCUGGUGAACACAUUUACUCUGAGAAUAGUGGUGGGAAUGCAAUGUAUGUAUUAAUGAUAUUUAUCCAAACAGCAUUUUACUUUGGAUUAUGAUGUAUUUUCCA